GUGAAAGAGAAGUAUUAUCAAGUUCACCUGAUUCUUUAUUACCGGGAAAAAAUGAAAUCCAAGAAGGCCUUAAUGAAAUCAUUAGAAUGGCAUGGAGUCACGAUGAAGAUGAAAGGAUUAAUAUAGAUGAAAUGUAUUUAAAGCUUUCGAAAUUGUCAAAACGUGAUUCCAAACCUGAUCUUACGAAAUAUCUGAAAAUGGCUGCUGAUAAUGGAAAUGUUGCGGCACAGUAUAACCUCGCUUGUUUAUAUUUAAAGAGCAAAACAUCUAGUAACCAAGAUAAAGAAAUUGGAUUGGGAUAUUUAAAUCUUGCUAUUCAGAAUAAUAACGAAAAGGCAUUAGAAUUAAAGAAAA